AUGAUCUUUGGGCAGAAGAAAGAGGUAGUGGAGAUAGAGAAGGUGGAACAUGAUGAAGCUUUGAACAAAGGUCCCGCCGUCCAGCGUGACUAUUCUGGGGCAAGCAAAAAGACUGAUCCAAGGGAAAUUGCCCUGGUCCGAAAGCUGGACAUGUGGAUUAUGCCGGUGUUGUGGCUCAUGUAUUGGCUUAACUAUCUGGAUCGGAACGCAAUUGCACUUGCAAGACUAAGUUCUCUUGAGAAGGACCUGAAUCUUACUUCAUCACAAUACCAAACCUGCGUUUCUAUCCUGUUUGCCGGAUAUGUGGCAGCCGGUAUUCCGUCCAAUAUGGUCGUGACGAGAGUCCGACCAAGCUUGUGGAUGUCAUCUUGCAUGGCCGUAUGGGCUGUGAUCAGUGGUCUCACAGCCAUUAGCAAGAACUACACUGGUUUGCUCCUCACUCGCUUCUUCCUCGGUAUCACGGAAGCACCGUACUAUCCAGGAGCGCUUUAUAUCCUCGCCACUUUCUACACACGCAAGGAACUUGCAACACGAAUUUCUAUCUUGUACACUGGAAAUAUUUUGGCGACCGCAUUCGCUGGACUAAUCGCCUUGGGAAUAUUCCAGAUGGAUGGCAUGGCAGGAAUUGCGGGUUGGCAGUGGCUUUUCAUUAUCCAGGGCGCUGUAACUCUGGUCAUCGCCAUCGCAGGCUACUUUCUUUUGCCUGAUGAACCAUUGACAACGAAGUGGUUGACAGAGGAGGAACGGGCUCUCGCCCAUGAGCGAACGCAGCGAGACACGGUAGACAACGCAGGCCAGACAACAAGCUGGAAGGGUGUCUUGACAGCAGCAAAAGACCCCAAAGUCUGGCUAUUUGCCUUUAUGCAACACUGCCAUCUUGGUGCCAAUGGGUUUAAGAAUUUCUUCCCCACUGCUGUUCAAACGCUGGGUUUCAAUCAAACCAUCACCCUUGUCCUGACAUGCCCUCCUUACCUUAUUGCUGGAGCAAUCUCAAUUGCCUGGUCUUGGUCAUCUGGAAGGUGGAAUGAGAGAACAUGGCACAUUACCAUUGCCAAAGCAGUCGCCAUUUUCGGCUUCAUUCUCGGCUGUGUUACGCUGAAUACGGGAGCACGAUAUUUUUCCAUGGUGGUCUUCUCAAUUGGAACUUAUGCCGUCAAUAGCAUCAUCCUCGGCUGGGUCUCCGCGACGUGUUCCCAAACAAAGGAAAAGAAGGCAGCCUCACUAGCCAUUGUCAAUUCUUGUGCCAAUGCGUCCUUUAUCUGGACCCCUUACCUAUGGCCCAAGUCUGAUGAGCCUCGAUAUGUCAUGGCCAUGUCGUCGAGUGCUGCACUCAGUGUUGCAACCGCACUUGGAGCCUGGGGAAUGAGAGUUUGGCUGAAGAGGGAAAAUAAGAAGAUUCGGGCAUCUGAGGAUGAGACAACUGUGCGCUAUGCGUAUUAA